AUGGCAGAGGAGCUUGGUGUGUGUCCCUUCAGGGAGGACCUGUGGGUGCGAGAGGGGAAGAUCCUCAACCCGGAGAAACUCUUCUUCGAUGAGAAGGGCUCUGCUGACAUCCAGCUGGACUGCAAGGACAGCAUCAUCGCCCCAGGCUUCAUCGAUGUCCAGAUCAAUGGAGGCUUUGGGGUGGACUUCUCCCUGGCUACAGAUGACUUCAAAUCAGGGAUUGACCUGGUCAGUCAGAAAAUCCUCUCCCAUGGAGUGACCUCCUUCUGUCCCACCCUGGUGACCUCUCCUCCAUCUGUGUACCACCAGGUUCUCCCUCAGAUCAGUAUAAGAAAUGGUGGAGCCCACGGAGCAGGUAUCCUGGGGGCCCAUCUGGAAGGACCAUUCAUCAGCAAGGAGAAGAAAGGGGCGCACCCAGAGCACUGCCUCCGCACCUUUAAGGAAGGUGCCUUCCAGGACCUUCUUGCCACCUAUGGCUCCCUGGACUGUGUCCGCAUAGUCACCCUGGCCCCAGAGAUGAAGAGGAGCAGCGAGGUGAUCCGGGAACUCACCAAGCGGGGCAUCUGUGUCUCACUUGGUCACUCGGUGGCUAACCUCUCCCAGGCUGAGGAGGCCGUGCAGCAUGGCGCUACCUUCAUCACUCACCUCUUCAAUGCCAUGUUGCCGUUCCACCAUCGUGACCCUGGGAUUGUUCCUGCUGGGCGGAGGGUCUUCUAUGGCAUGAUCUCUGAUGGCAUCCACACCAACCCUGCCGCCCUGCGAAUCGCCCACCGAGCCCACCCCAAAGGGCUGGUGCUGGUGACAGAUGCGAUUGCUGGCAUGGGGCUGGCACCAGGUCGGCACACGCUGGGUCAGCAGGUGGUGGAGAUCGAUGGGCUGAACACCUACAUUGCAGGCACAAAGACCUUGAGCGGUAGUGUGGCGACCAUGGACACCUGUGUGCGACACUUCCAAGAAGCCACAGGGUGCUCAGUAGAGACCGCGUUGGAGGCAGCGUCUCUGCAUCCUGCCCAGCUCCUGGGGAUUGAGCACAAAAAGGGGACACUAAAUUACGACUCAGAUGCAGAUUUCCUGAUGCUGAAUGACGGUCUGUAUGUGCAAGCCACGUACAUCGCAGGCGAGGAAGUCUGGAGACAGGAUGCGUUAGGCAUGUGA